AUGCGCACUCCGCGGCUGGGGGUAGGUGGGCUAUUCAAAGGGAUUGUGCUGCAGGAUGGUGGUGUCGCCGGAGGAGACGCUGACGACCGAGCCGCCACGAACGACGCACACCCCAAGGCGCCGUACGAGGGCAUCUCUGUCCCACAGCUCCGCAUUUGCCACGACGAGGUUGAGAUGUUGUUGUCGAAUCCGUUGAGGAUGCCGUGCACUUCCCUCUCCGCCACCGCAAUCACGGUGCGGUGGUGGAGGUGGGGUUCCAGAGCGAGGAUGCCCUCCUUCUUCCUGACGAUGUGGGCCAGCUCCGCCGUCAUGGAGCCUGCGCCGCACACACAUCCUAACUCACAUGGCGGAACGGGAAGGGAAGAAAACUGCACCUCCAACCAAAAGCACCCAGAAACUCACACACAGCAGCAGCGACGGCAGAAGCUGCUGGAGGCCCUCCUCGAAUAA